AUGCAAAACUAUAAUGUCAGUAGCCCCGUAUCAAACGAACCCUACGUGAUGGGACAAAUUUUGCCUUGUACCAUUCAAUUAUUUGAAAAUGUGAUGUCAGAUAUCCAGCUCUCUAUUAAUCUCGAAUCAUCUGCCAUCAAUAGUAAUGCUAGUUUUGUGGUUGCCGCAACUGUUGACGUCUCAAAGACCACAGCCAGCGCAAAACGUAAUGGCAAUGUAACCUUCUAUGAACACUCAGUAAAUUACAAGAUCCCUACUACCCUUAUUCCGGGAUCAUACAAGGUUGUCUUCUUAGAUUCUCGUACAAAUACUCACCUUGAUGUUCCCAUCAAUGUAUUACCUGUUGCUUCAACUUCCGUCGUCAGCAGUCCAGUUAUCACAGGUGGUGCUUCUGCUACACCUGCUUCACCUGGAUCCAUCUUUAAGGAGAGUAACGGUAAUGGUGUUGCUGCCAUGUCUCCUGGUUUGGCUACCAAGGCCAUUGUAUCUCUUGCUUGCGUUGCUGCUUUUGCUGUAAUGCUUUAA